AUGAAAGACCAAGAAAUGAAGGAUGGAACGGCCGAGGCUCUACCCCCUCUUCAACCAAGUGGACAGAGCCAAGAAUCCGAACUAGUGAUGGAAGUGGACGUCCCAUCCUCGGCUCCUCACAGAUCCAUUUUCGAUUUCAAAGAACCUACCCCUGCUAUAAGUUCCAACCCAUUCACCCCAGCCUCGGCUCACCAAUCCAUUUUCGAGUUUAAGAAAGUCGGUACUUCAGCUUUUGCCCCGACCUCGGCUCAUCAGGCAUCAAUGUUCGAUUUUCAGCACGUGGGCACUUCAACGAAUGUGCCACCCGUUUCCCCGUCCUCGGCUCAUCAGCCAUUGAUUUUCGAUUUCCAGAAGCCUGACAACCCUGCACCAGCCUCGGCUCGUCAGGCAUCAAUUUUUGAUUUUCAGCAAGUGGGCACUUCAACGAAUGUGCUGCCUGUUCCCCCGUCCUCGGCUCGUCAGCCAUCCAUUUUCGAUUUCCAAAAGCCUGACAACCCUGCACCAGCCUCAGCUCGUCAGGCAUCGAUUUUUGAUAUUCAGCAAGUGGGCACUUCAACGAAUGUGCCGCCUGUUCCCCCGUCCUCGGCUCGUCAGCCAUCCAUUUUCGAUUUCCAAAAGCCUAACAACCCUGCACCAGCCUCGGCUAAUAAAGGAUCCCCUUUCGAUUUUCAAGUCCAUCGUUCAUUUACCCCGGCCUCGGCUGUUCAGGCUUCCAUUGAUUUUCAAACACCUGGCACAUCUGCUCCAGCUCCUGCCUCUGACAAACCAGGCAUGUCUUCCCCUGGCGCCUCAAGGUCCAAUAGUACUCUGGGAUCACGGAAGUAUCUGACGAAAUCACAAGAGGCCAAAUUACGACUCCAGGGCCAAGGAGGAGCUGCCAUUCUGCCAACUCGGCCAGGUGAUGCCUUUGUUUUCGGCCUGGCUCCUGUCUUCGUCUACACUCAAGAGAGGACAACACCACGCCCACCACCUUCGACCGAAUUGUUGGACUUGGAUCCAAACUCCCCAUGUGCAAGGGGUUUAUGUCGCAAGUACAAUAUCAAGGUUGUGUCUGAUGACAGCAUUGGUGAUCGCACGGGCGUGGUAGCCGAGGUCGUUCAGGCAAUUGGCAAAGUGUGGGAAAGAGCUAUGGACCCCAAGGCUUCAUCUGACCCUUCGAUUAGGAAUUUGCAGGCCACCUUUGAUAAAUUGUUGACGAGGGGAGAUGAGUUUACCGAGAUGGAUCGUAUGGACCUGGUUCGUCAUAGCGAAAUUCACCAGGAGGUGCUCAGAUCCCUGCCUGACAGCAUAGCGACAAUGAGCCAUUAUCGGUAUGUUUUGGCCACCUUGAGGAGGGAGAAAGACCGGUUGCGUGAACAAAUCGAUUCAGACCGUGAUCUGGUUGCAGCAAUGGACGCUACUCUAGAAGGACUACGGCCAUUCAUCCCAGACGAGAUCCCAGACAAGGGGAAGGGGAGGGACAAAAGGGAUGGACCAGGGUUUAAGUAG